AUGCCAAAGACUAUUGCAACAGGACUGGAAGUUCCCCGUCCAGCACCAAAAUUGCCCAAAAAUGUGAAGGACAUGUUCUCGCUCAAGGGCAAAGUAGCAUGUAUUUCAGGAGCAUCUUCCGGCAUCGGUGGUGCUGUUGCUGUAGCUUUUGCCCAAGCUGGUGCUGAUAUUGCAGUGUGGUAUAAUUCACACGACGGUUUGAUUCAAACGGCCAAAGAACUGGCAGAAGAAUACAACGUCAAAGUCAUCGCUUACAAGUGUCCUGUCACAGACGAAAGAAAAGUGUACGACACAAUCCAGCAGGUUUUGAAGGAUUUUGGUGGGAAAAUCGAUGUGUUCGUGGCCAACGCUGGUGUAGCAGGGUCUACAGGCGCUCUUGUGGAGGCCGAAGAACGUGGAGAAGCAUCUGAAGAGUGGGACAAGAUUCUGCAAACCAACUUCCAAGGUGUGUACUAUUGCAGCAAAUUUAUCGGAUCCGUCUUCAAAAAACAGGGCCAUGGUUCGCUGAUUGCCACGGCUUCGAUGUCGGGCCACAUCGUCAACGUGCCCCAGUUGCAAACCUGCUACAACGCAACAAAAGCUGCGGUCAUUCAUAUGGCCAAAUCGCUUGCAGUCGAGUGGUCAGGCUACGCCCGUGUGAACACGGUUUCUCCCGGGUACAUCACCACGCCUAUAAGCGUUUUUGCAGGCGCGGAAAUCAAGGAAAAAUGGCUGGAACUAACGCCAAUGGGAAGAGAGGGUUUGCCGGAAGAGCUGGUCGGGGCAUAUUUGUAUUUGGCCUCGGAUGCGUCCACUUUCACCACCGGCUCCGACAUUGUCGUAGACGGUGGCUACUGUUGUAUUUAA